UCUAUUUAAUCUCCUUGGGAGACCCUAAUCCAAUUCAAACGUAUCCCUUAUCGCAAAGAGAUAAAAGCGUGUCGUUCGAUCAUUAGCGAUAUUUUGUCCAUUUUCUUUUAUUGGCCAAUUGACGUCGACAACUUUGUCAAUAUUGCAAGUUCUUUUAUGACAGGCAGAGCAUUUUUUCACUUCCUCAACUCAAAGAAACCAAUUGGAUAUGGCUUCCCACAAAGUGUCCAACGUCUCCCACGAUCACCAAUUGUUCCAGGGGAUAUUCAAGCUCCAGAAGAUGGACAAUUGGGCCGAGUACCUUAGAAGUAUUGGACAGAGUGAGGCCAAAACCAAAGUGUCUCUCAAAAUGGAUUACUACAACUCAAUUGUGGUGAAAAGCUCGGGGAAAUGGAUCCUAAGCACAUACGUCAAAAUGCCUCAUGAACCAGCUGCAGAGAGUAAAACAAGCUUCUAUUUGGAUGACGAAUUUGAGGAGAGUGUGCUUGAUGGACGCGCCUGUUUGGUCAAGUUCAAAUUGGAGGAUGGCAACAAACUAGUGGCUGAACAACGAUGUUGCACGGAUGAAUCCCAAAGCUCCACGAUCAUCCGAGAGUUUCUCCCUGAUCGUAUGAAUGUCAUUUGCAUUUGUGGGCAAGUUCAAGCCACUGGCGUGUACGUGCGAUGUUCUCCAGAGGAGCUGCAUCAUAUCUAAGCUGAAUAGGCCUCCUGCGAAGUUGGCAACCGACCCAAAAAAAGAUUGCCAAAGGGUCUCCACCGUGUCAGACCCGCUUGUAUUUCGUCCUCUACCUCAAACAGUUUGCUAGGAAUCUUGGAGCCUCCUUAGGGACAUGCCACCAUUUCAGAGAUAUUGUAUUGGUUUGUUAGCUUCGAUAUCAUGGUGUAGCUUUCCGUUCUUUGUUGAUUUAAUAAAGAAACACUUCUUCUUGCCA